AUGAGAGUGCUCGCAUUUCUUGGGACUGUGUGCCGUGUGGGCGCAAAAGUCUCGCUGGAAGACGCUCUAGAGGUGCUGGGGAGAAGAAUAGCCGGCCCGGAGAAGGAUAGCCUGCGGGUAAACUUGGAGGGGCCGCUAAACAUGGUAAACGCAUACAUUUACACACAUUUAGGGUAUAUGCAGAAUAAGAGGCUUUUUUCCCCGGAAAUAGAGACGAGCUACAGCGUAAAGUGCACGGGAACGGUAAACAACAAGGAAGUAUACAGUUGCGAGAGGAAGUGCGUCAAGGAUGCAGCAUAUUCCCUGCAAACGGGGGAAGAACUAACUUCCGCGGAGUAUUUGAGGCACUACCACGAAGUCCUUAUAAAGCUCUUUCCUUCCGUGGACGGGAAUCUCUCAAUAGAAACCGGAAGGAACGACUCGACAACAAAAUUUCUAAGGAGGAAAAUCAGCGAGGAAGAGGCCCUGCGCGUGCUCGCAUCGCUUUUCCUGCUGAGUGUGGGCGUGGACGUGCCGAUUCUCCCGGACACUCCGGACUCCAGCGAAAGCCCGGAGAAACUUCUCUCGGGGGUGAAUAGAAUCCUCGCGAGAAAAGACAACAAGAGACGAGAGAUCGUUGCGGUUAUUCGCUUCCUGAAGAAGUAUGGGAAAACACACUCCAUGCCCGAAACACUCUCUGCCUUUGAGUCUGGGGAGUUUCUGGACAGCACGCAAUUCCUUGUGCAAACGUACAUUUUCGAGUACCUGCCGAAUAAGGAGGCCUUGGCUGGAUUUAUUCGGGCAGUGUAUGAGAUUAUGGUGGAGAUAAAGAGUGGUACAGGCAGAAACGAGAUUUUCAGCUCACUUUUUGUGCCUUCGGAAAGCUCUCUCUCCCAGAAAGCCAUUUUUUCGCCUGUUACGAGAGUGGCUGCAGUAGAAAAAAGGCUCAGCUGGUUCCCAUACGCGGACACUUCCCUUGUUCCAGCGUAUAAAACCGUGCGUGCAUACAGCAGGAAAGACUUGGCCUUUACUGAAAGCUCUUUCAGCAACUGCGUGGAAACGGGAGUUUACGCUGCUUUCUGCUGCCUUGCAUACGACCCGGAGAAGCAGGAAUACAACGUGGAAAAAAUGCUCCAGACCUCGGAAAAUUCUGAAGAAUCUCGGGAUUUGCACGCUUUUUUCCAGAGAAAAGACAUUUCUGCAAAACACGGUGCCUCUCAAAGGGUGCUUGAGGAGUGGAAUAGAGUCGUCUCGGGGCUCCCCGGGGGGAUCAGAUACGUGAGAGAAUUCGGGAACGAGCUGGAGGCGGGGUUCCUGAACUUUUUGUGCGUUAUUUCGCAGGUUGCAGGGCGCCCGUUGGAGGAAAAACAGAUGCUCCAGGAUCUUAUGGGAAGACUGGAGAGAGAAGGGGGCAGCUCGCUGCACGAUGUUUGGAGUGCAGCCCAAAAGUACACGCAGGAGCUUUUUUCGGCCCUCUCCGUGAACAAGAGCGUGGAGGUGAAGUUUACGAAAAUGGAAAAAAACUCCAAGGAAGGAAAGAGCGACUUUUACGGGACUUUCAUUCUAAAGUACACCAGCGCAGAAACGGGCGCAGUCCAGGGCCUUUCUUUUGUCUCUUCGCCUAACCAUCUCAUGAUUGCCCCGAUUCCUGCUUCUAGUGCGCUUUCUAGCGAGGAAGAAGGCGGCUUUUUGGCGAGCAUGGAGGAGCUUGAGAAGAAGCCCGGCUUUACUUCCUGCCUUUUCUUCGAGUACACGCGGCAAUGCAUGCGAAAGUUCGCAGUCCCUGCUAAGUCUUUCGGGGUGUGCGUUGAUGAAUUCAUGAAAAAAGCCGUUGAAAAAAUCAGGACAUCCCCAACCCACGGGGUAAACCGCCUUCUCCUGAUACAGCCAAUUAGGAAUGUGCCUUUUAUGGCGGGCCUUACAUCCACUCUCUGCCUAACCGCAAAAUCCAGCGGAGUUGCCCUCGAUCCCUCGCACAAAAUUGUUCGGUUCGUUUCCAACGUCCUAGGAAGCAGCCCUUUGGAUGACAGUUACACGCAGUGCACCAUGCUGACUAUCCCCAUGUACGUGGAAGACAUUAAGACGCUCUUUCCGAGGAUUUCCCUUGGCAAAGCCGCGUAUAGCCAGAUCUUCAAGCAAGUGGGCUUUUUCCUGUGCAAGAACUCCAAGGUCUAUGCAAAGCUCCCAAAGGCGGCUUCUUUCUUCGUCAAGUACCUGAAGAGAUACUCACAGGAAAGAGAACCCGGCCUUUCCACGUACCAAAUGCUAAACGUUAGAACAUGGAUUUUUUCGGUCUUUGACUACAUCUUUGCCGAUGGCUCCUGCGAAGCUGCAAAUGAGCUUUCAGAUGCUCUGGCGGCAGAGGGGACUCCUGCAGCCGAAAGCCUGAAGAAUGUUUUGGACCUUGUCUGGCUGGGGCUUUCCUACCACAAGAAGCGGGAGUGUUUAGGGCUUAUUCUGGAGCUUUACGACCGAGUAGACGCGAAAAGCCUCGACAAAAAGGGCCAUGCUCUUUUCGCAUACGCACAGAAAAAACUUGUCUACAUCCAGAAAGUGAAAGCCCUUAAAAAACAGGAGGAAGCCGGGAUUUUGCCCGAAGAAAAGGCCCAGGCGGUGCUGGGGCUCUUCAGGGAGGAGCCUCUAGAGGUGCCGCAGCCAUAUGUUUUACGUGAGGCAGUGCCAUAG